CAGUCUCUCUUCCAUUCUUAUCAAAUAAAUGUGACUUUGAUUAGAUUAUUGUGUGGGUGCAGCAUGGAGUAGCCUAAUUUCAUUAUGCCUAUGAGUGGAAAAAAACAUAGCAAGGUAUGACAAGCAUUCCUCCUUUAAACUUUUAUCUUCGACGGAUUUACUCAAAAUAAUGAGCCAUUCGCAGUGAGAGGGGUUUAAAAACGCUUUACCGGAUUCUGCAAAAAUACUUCGACCUAAUUCUGAUUGGACCAUAUACGACGUUUCCCCUCUCUCUGGCUUUGACGGGCGGUUGCGAAUUUUCUCGAAUUUACACGAAAGUUUACUGAAGAUGAAGAAAUGGAUUUUGUUAAACUGCUCGGGACUGUUCUCGCCGUUUUCUGCCACCUAGGAUUCACCCAAUUUGAACACAAUGGCCAGAGGAUCUGCCGGCGUGGCACAGAGCGACCCUGCUACAGGAUCAACUACUUCCAGGACCCACGGCGGAGGAUGACCUUCGGUGAUGCCAGGAAAGCCUGCAGGACGGAUGGGGCAGAGCUCCUCAGUAUUGAGACUGACAAUGAGCAGCGUCUGGUCGAGAGGUUCAUCCAGCAGUUGCAGGCCACUGAUGGGGACUUCUGGAUCGGGUUGCACAGAAGCCCACGCCACUGGGUGACUACCAUAGGAUGCCCUUCGCAGUACUACUGGCUGGAUGGCAGCAAGGCCAGAUUCAGAAACUGGCAUUGGGACGAGCCAUCGUGUGGCAACGAGAUGUGUGUGGUGCUGUACCACCAGCCCUCUGCCCCCCCCGACGAAGGGGGGCGCUUCAUGUUCCAGUGGAACGAUGACAACUGCAACACCAGGAACAAUUUUGUCUGCAAGUACACCGAAGAAAAGUUACCAGUGUUUACUGUGGUGUGGAAUUCAUUAUACACAGUUGCCCCAAUUAUAUCUUUAAUACCAAUCCUCCCAUCAGCUAAAGUGAGUGAUGAGAAGACAAAACUAGGACUGUCUGAAUCAUCAGUAUCUCUUUCAGAUAAUGCCCUGUAUGUCUCCUACAUUCUAUUUGCUACUAUCCCUAUUCUACUGCUGCUGCUUGUGGCUACAGGAGUCUUCUGCUAUAAACGGGCUGCCAAAAGGAGAAAGUCUCAAACGGACCGCUACCCUAAGCAAGAGCAAUGGGGUACAAUGUCCACUGCGGCUUGCAACAUCCAAGGACCCUAUGCCUACCGGGACAUCACCAAGCUUCAACCAGCCGAUCUGGAGAGCAUGGCACCUGAAUCAAUCAAGAAGAUGUCCUUCUGUGCCUCCUCUUUUGAUUCCCAUUGUGAUGAUUACGAGAAUGUUUCAAACAAGGAGACAGUGACAGAGAGUGGCUUUGUGACCAAUGAUAUCUAUGAGGCCUGCCAAAACCAGGGUCGGCACUAUCUCAACGAGACUGGAUGGGUGGAGAAUGAGAUCUAUGAGUAAUGUUGCAGCCCUGCAGUGCCUCUCUCUUUACCACAUGUCCACUGGGCCAUCUGGGCAUCUGACUCUUUUUGUCUCCAUUCAUCUUUCAUAUCUCCUGCUGGUGGGUUGUAUGGCAUCAUGUGAUGCGAGACAGGACGGACAGAUCCUGGGUGGUAUUAUAAAGUGUUCGCUUUAGGGUACGCCCACUAACCGUACAAAGAGGCCUAUGGUGUCACCCCUAUUUGAGGUUUCCUGUGUGGAAGUUGAUGUCAGGGAACAGGACAAUAUCUUCGUAAAUUCGGAUAACAGAAGUCUGACCCCACGAUAACUCUGAGCCAUGGCCGCCUGCGAGAGAUGAUCCUCCCAGUGAUGUUUACCAAAGCCUCCACUGCUAUGACACCAGUGUGAGCUGGCUGGAUAGUCAUAAUGUGCCUUUUCAUGGAUACACCAAAGUCCUGGUUGAAUAACAGAGUGUAGCAUUUGUUUAUUUGCCUAUUCCUUUGUCUUCGUCUUAUAAUCUUGUAUUUAUCACAAUGUUGUGAAGAAAAUCAAGAACAUACAUGUUUUGCCUUCAUGGUAGAUUCAAGUGGGCCUGACUAGAGUGUUGUGAAAAAGUAGUCUAACGAGCUGAAGCUGAGUGUUCUUGGAGGAUGUCGGACAGGAAAUACCAAAAGCACAUCUGGAACUUGCACAUACAGGAAAUCUAGCAGUGACAGCAGAUGCUUUUGGGGUGCUGCGCUCAACAGUUUUCCAUGUAAGGCUGUCACGAUAGGUUAAUUAACAAAACAUGUACUGCUGGACCUGUAGGCCUAUAUUGGUAAUAUUUCAAAUAUCGCGCACCGCUCUGGUUACAAAUAAAUGUUUUGUUUUUAGUUUUUUUAUAA